UAUUAUUAAAGGACAGAAACACAUAUGAAGGCUUCUCUUAUUUCCUUAUCAAAAGAACGAACACUUUGGUGUGUGUCUUUGGGAUCUGCCCGCCUCCCAUAUCCAGAACAGAUCGCCUCCCAUAUCCAGAGCAGAUCCAAUCCAUAAAACUUGAUUAUAUUACACGGAGGGAAUGUGGGCAGGGCUUGUAUUGCUUAGAUUUUAGUUUUUGUACAUGAUAGAAUUAAACUCUGAGGUUUUUUUUUCUUUUUAUUUGUAAGUAAGAAACAUACCCAGUUGCAGCUGGUAAAUUACUUAUUGAUAGGAGGACAGCGAAAGUUGUUGUCUUUGCAAGGGAAUAAAAAAAAAGUCGAGAAAUUUGAUGGGUUUUCUUGUUGAUUCUCAUAAAGGUGGUUGUGGAGUAGGGGGUGGUGGUUGUUUUAGGAGUUUGAUAAGGAGAAAACAGGUUGAUUCUGUUCAUUCUAAAGCACUUGGUCAUCAUCGAUUAGCCAAGGAGUUGUCUAUUCUUCACCUUAUUGCUAUUGGCGUUGGCUCAACCAUUGGAGCUGGAGUUUAUAUUCUUGUUGGAACAGUUGCUAGAGAGCAUUCUGGACCAGCUCUAUUUCUAUCCUUUUUGGUUGCUGGAAUUGCUGCUGCUCUUUCAGCCUUUUGCUACGCAGAACUUGCAAGUCGUUGUCCAUCUGCCGGCAGUGCGUAUCAUUAUUCCUAUAUAUGUGUUGGAGAAGGUGUUGCUUGGUUGAUUGGCUGGGCUCUAAUAUUGGAAUACACAAUCGGUGGUUCAGCAGUUGCUCGUGGCAUAUCCCCAAAUCUAGCACUGUUCUUCGGAGGUCAGGACAAUCUACCAACAUUUCUAGCUCGUCAGCAUAUACCUGGGCUUGAUGUUGUGGUUGACCCAUGUGCUGCUGUUCUGGUAUUGGUUGUCACUGGGCUGUUGUGUGUGGGAAUAAAGGAGAGUACUUUAGCACAAGCCAUAGUAACCUCCAUAAAUGUGUGUGCCAUGCUUUUCAUCAUAAUAGCUGGUACUUAUCUCGGCUUCAAGACUGGAUGGGCUGGAUAUGAACUUCCUACUGGGUACUUUCCCUUUGGGGUGGAUGGGAUGCUUGCAGGGUCUGCAACUGUAUUUUUUGCGUACAUUGGUUUUGAUUCAGUUGCCAGCACUGCUGAGGAGGUGAAAAAUCCACAACGAGAUUUACCUCUAGGCAUUGGGCUCUCGCUUUCUAUUUGUUGUUCUUUGUACAUGCUGGUCUCUGUUGUCAUUGUUGGUCUGGUACCUUAUUAUGCAAUGGAUCCCGAUACCCCUAUCUCAUCAGCUUUUUCUGUACAUGGGAUGCAAUGGGCAGCGUACUUGAUAACUGCUGGGGCAGUUAUGGCUCUCUGCUCAACAUUGAUGGGGUCAAUGCUUCCUCAGCCUCGAAUUUUGAUGGCAAUGGCUAGAGAUGGAUUGCUGCCAUCAUUCUUUUCAGAUGUAAAUAGAAGCACCCAAGUUCCUGUUAAGAGCACGUUGGUGACUGGCUUUGGUGCUGCAGUAUUGUCAUUUUUUAUGGAUGUUUCACAGUUAGCUGGGAUGGUCAGUGUGGGCACACUUCUUGCUUUCACUAUGGUAGCAAUUUCUGUAUUGAUACUGAGAUACGUACCACCAGAUGAGGUGCCUUUUCCAUCUUCACUUCAGGAGACUAUCGAUUCUGUGUCAUUACGGUACAGUAGCCAAGAUGUCUAUGAGGAAAAGGCUGCUAUUCAUGCGGGUACCUCUAAGGAUAGCAAAUUGCCUAUACUAGGCAAAGCAAAAACAAUUGAAUAUCCUUUACUUGUAAAACAAGAAGCUCAAAGCAAUUUUGUCCUGAAUGAAGGGAAAAGGCGAGAAAUUGCUGGCUGGACCAUAGCAGCCACAUGCAUUGGGGCAGUUCUCCUUACCUAUGCAGCUUCAGACUUGAGUCUUCCUAGUCCUCUUCGUUUUACAACGUGUGGGGUUGGUGGUGCACUUCUCCUUUCUGGUCUGAUUGUGCUGACCUGCAUAGAACAAGAUGAUGCAAGGCACAGCUUUGGGCAUUCAGGAGGUUUCAUUUGCCCAUUUGUUCCACUUCUUCCCAUUGUCUGCAUACUCGUCAACAUUUACCUGCUGAUUAAUCUUGGUGCUGCCACUUGGACCCGUGUUUCUCUAUGGCUUAUUGUUGGAGUGCUUGUUUAUGUAUUCUAUGGGCGGAAACACAGCUCACUACGGGAUGCUGUCUAUGUACCUGCAACUCAUGCUGAUGAAAUUUAUCGGAGCUCUGGAGAAAGUUUGGCAUAGAAUUCGUUUCCAGUUUAUAGCAUCCAGGAUUCAAUCCCAUGCGUUCCUUACAACAGAAUCUCUUUGUUGUAAUAUUACAUUUUAUCUUCCCCCAAGUGUUGUUUGUAUUCUUAUGACGCCAUUGAUGGCUGAAAUCCGUCGUGUAGUUUAUAUAUAGGGUGGUGGUUUGGGGACUUGCAUGUACAUAUUCUAAUUCAAGAAUGAAAUCCGUCUUGUGCAGUAAA